CGACAGGAGAGGCACAUCAACCAACCUCGCUCCUCACCACUCGCCUCUGUCCCCUUUGCUUUCCAUACCCUCUCCACCAACUAACAAGCCAUCGCCAUGUCGUCGUUCUUUGGGCUUUCGAAGACCAGGACGUUCAAGCCGAAGAGGAACAUUCCCGAGGGCACCAAGCAAUAUCAACUGAAGCGAUAUGCCGAGGCCACGCUUGGGUCAGGCAAUUUGCGUCAGGCAGUCGUCCUCCCCGAAGGAGAAGACCUCGACGAGUGGCUGGCUGUCAACACCGUCGACUUUUUCAACCACCUCAACAUGCUCUAUGGAACCAUCACCGAGUUCUGCAUCCCCUCAGAGUGCAAGACGAUGAGCGCAGGGCCCCGGUACGAGUACCACUGGCAAGACAGCUCUUCGGUCGAGUACCGCAAGCCGACUCGGAUGAGCGCUGCCGACUACAUCGACUGCCUCAUGACGUGGACCCAGUCUAUGCUCGACAAUGAAGAGAUUUUCCCGAGCAAAGUCGGUGUCCCCUUUCCCGACAACUUCCAGGCGACAAUCAAGUCGAUCCUGAGACGACUCUUCCGUGUGUAUGCGCACAUCUACAACCACCACUUUGCCCAGAUCUGUGCCCUGUCGCUCGAAGCGCACCUCAACACGAGCUACCGGCACUUCUUGCUUUUCAUCCGAGAGUUCAACCUCGUCGAGCAAAAGGAGCUCGCCCCCCUGGCGGAGCUCAACGAGGCCAUUCUCGACGAAGGUGCCUCUGCGUAAGCAGCCAAGCCUGUUACCCUUCUUCUCUUUGUACAUUAAUUCAUUCAACGUCUUCCGGUCUAAUUGUGCGUAUGUGCGUGUC